UGCGGUCUAGGGGCCUUCAUAAUAAUGAUGGCGAUGAUGAUGAUGGCGGCGGCGACGACGAUGAUGAUGAUGAUUUAUUGGCAUCCCCUUUGAAAUGGGGUGGUAAGAAAUAGUCACCAAGACUGCUUGGUUUAAUCGGGUGUACUGUACAUCUAUUUCGUUCUAGCAUUUUUGUUGCUGAUGCUUCCGUCCACUUUAAGUCCAAGCGUUUCUCGAAGGUGUACGCUUCCUGCGCGUCGCACUCGGAGAAAUCUAUUCUCAUUCUAUUAGGAUGUGCUGAAUGGUCUCCGGUUUUUUGCUGCAUAAUGCAGAUGCCUCAUCUUGUUGCGAAUAUUCGCCCCGCUAUGUUUUUUUUUUCUUAGGCAGCAAGCCCGAGCUUUAAAUAUGAAGGCACUGCCCUUUGUGUUAUCGUAAAGAUUUUCCUUUCUAAAUUCUUUCUUCCCAUUCUGGUAAAUCUCAAUGGGCUUCCAUUCUUUGCAUCCAAAUCGAGGUCUCUGCUUCUCUCAUUUUUUUUUUGUUUUUCUGAUGACUCUGUGUUGUCUAUUUACACUAUUUACCCCGUACUUAAUCUCCAACUUUCUUGACUUCUUCCUCCAUUAUGUGUCCACGUUUGUCAGGUGCAGAGGAUAACUGUGCAUAUUUACCGCAACCUACGUCAUAAUAGACUUUAAGAGCGUCGCUCGCCACCACUCUAUACUGUACGCGGGUAGAACGUUUGGGUUCGUCUCUCCUUCUCUCUUUUCCCAAUUCCACCCUCUAUCUCCUUUUAUCCCCCUACCCCAUGCCCCAAUGCAUGGUAGCCAACCGGAAUUACCUAAGGUUAACCUCCCUGCCUUUCUAUACAUCCCUUCUCUCUCCCUCUAAGGCAGUUGGCCAACGGACAAGAGCCCAUUACAGACAGUUUUUCAGAAAAGCGAACCUUACAAAUCAUACACCUAAUACGUGCUUUCUAAUUUUACCAUGCGCUCUGUGUUACCAGCGACGUUCCAACAAUUGAGCUCACAUUUAUUCAUUACCUGAUCUUCCGUGGGUCGGUCGUAGCGCCAGGACCUGCCUACAGGGUCUACGAAAGGACAAAUCAUUUUGUCCUGAAAAGAAAAGAAAGUUCGAUAUGAUGCCAGACGAAGGCGAAGAAUUGCAGCAGUGGAGCGCUAACGUAACACAAGUACUGUAACCUGACUAAUGUCAAGUACAGUAACCUGACUAAUGUGAAUGCACUUUAAACAUAUUAUACAGUAGCAGUGCGCAAAGCAACUGACGAAAGCGGUCAUAGCGUAAAUGUAACGUAGAGACUGAGACUACAAAGAACCGCGCGUAUAUAGUAUUGAAAUCCCCUUGCCGGAGAAAUUCAAAUACCAGCAUAUAGAUGAAAAAAAUAUAAUUAAAAAAAGACGGCGCAGUUAAAGCCCUCCGCUGUAGUUUAGCUUGUCCGAUUAUUAUUGGAAGAAUUAAGAUGAUGCGCCGGUGAAGGAAAAAAACAACAACACUAGAGCAGAGACGAAGCGCAGCGCGAUUUUUACUCUUACGUUUAUUUUAUUUACUUACUUUUUCACUGCAUACACGAGCGAUAAGAAAGAGUAGAGGCAAGAGUUGUCGCACAUAAAAUAACAAUCGCGCGACAUAAAGUAACAGUGCAUAAAUAAUUGUAAGUAAAAUCGUAUAGCUGAAAUGCUUGCUGCGAUAGCUUACUAAUUUAGCUAUAAUAAAACUGACUUCGUUUUCUUAUUAAGGUGAAUUUACGUGGCGGCAAACAUCCAUGGAAGGGCAUUUACACUGUUCCUGUCACGCAUAAAACAAUAUCUAGGCAGACCUGGUCAAUCAGGCAGACCAAUCAGUCGAGUCAACGUAUCAGACAAAGCUCUCAGCUGUAGUCUAAUUUGUCCGCUUCUUUCUAGCAAAAGGGAGCGCGACGCGCCAGAGUUCAAACCGCGGGGGCGCGCCUCGCCAUCCUGUCAACUUUUGCCGGCGCGCUCUCUCCUCGCUUCCUCUCGCAGAAAAAAGAAAGAGGAGCGCGCUGCUCACUCUCUUCCCUCGUUUUUCUUCGCGGGUGAAAACGCGCACCACGUGACACGCGCGCGCGCGAGCGGCGCGCGCCUUCCGUCGGUCGACGAUCAGUGUUCGGCGGGCAACGGUAGGUUGGCAGCUGCGGCGGCCGUGAGCUCUAGCGCGCCCACGUAUUCUACGGAGUGCAUCAUCCGAGUGCAUCACCCCUUCCCUUCUCUCUCCAGCAUCAUCCGUCGCUUUUCUUCGCCGACACUUGACAAUGCGACGAGCCGUGGUGUGACGAACGCCUGCCUACCCUUGGAAACAGAGAUCGUAUUUCGAACGUACGACACCGCACUCUUGCUGCGAAUUCGCCGGCCGUUGUCCACGCUGCGACGGAUUGUUUUUGCCGGCCGGCGUGAAACUUUGUUCCCGGCUGUCCGGGUGACAAUCGGAGGAGCUCUUCAAGAAACGUUGGUAAAAGAAGUGUCACUCAUUAACGACUUCGAACACGCGCUGACGACUUAGUACGUUACACUGGUGUCGGUCGAUCAGCAGUUUCGCUGCUGCGCAAGAGGAACAUCUCGGAGGGAGACAGGACACCCGCAAUCCGAAACCGGCUCUGCUUGCGUCGCGUGCUACCGUUGCCGCCUUUAUUGCUGACGUGCUUGUUUUAGUGAUGUAUUAGAGUUCCCGUGUGCGACGAAGAAGCGAGCGAUCGACAUACGUCUAAUUAAUCUGCUCGGGUGUUCGCCUGUGCUCUUUCUUUUCUUCUUAUUCGCUUUAAUUUCCCAUUUCGCCUCAUUCUGUGCACGUGCUGACGGAGGGUUAUGCAGUGAGGACUUCUUUCUCGAUUCCUUCCUUCACAGUGUCUUCGUUUUCCUUCUUCAAAGAAAUCAGUUCACUGACCUCGUCUCCUUCUUUAUCGCUCCCUCUUUGUCGACCACCCGAUUUCCUCCAAAGUGUCAUUCAUUGGCGCACCUCUGCGCUUCGCUUUGCUCCGCGAUGCAACUUCUGAAAUAUCUCGUGGCAUUUCGUCGGACGGGACAGCUUUGAAGGGGAGUGUCGCGCAAGAAAUUGGCUUGUCUACGGCGAGCACUUACACAAGUGCGCACUAAGCCACGUUCGUCACAAGCUUAGAACAGCUGUAAUUCCUGUUAUCGUGAUAGUUAGAGGUGUAGUAGUUAUAGCUGGCGUUCUCUCUUGCCGUGUGCGGGUUCGUGGAUUUCACCUCUUAUUUUUUUUUCUCUACGUGUGCUUAUCGGUGAGUGUAACUUGUGACAACACAAUGUGCACCAGUCAACGAAAUUCUGCUAUCCGGCUUCUCGCGACCACGCCCUUCCAAGUGUAAUCGUGCGACGCUAGCGGCCUGUCCACUCUGGCAUCUUCAUCACUCGUCCUCUGAACUUCACUUCGUUUCCUGCUCCUAGUGUUGUUGCUGCCACGGGAUUUGCUGCACUGUUCUUUGGAUUCGUGUGGUUGCGAACGCCGGCGUGGAAACAAAAGCCUGGUCCUUCACACCGCCGAACGAGGCAGUGGUGUCUAACGGAUUCUCUGACUUCUGCUCUCGACAAAUUAACAGGGCCGCCGGGUUCAAGCAGUCCUGAUGGGUUCCUGAAAGCGCAGCCCGAGACUCAUCACAAAGUUGCGAGCAACACCUUCCUACGCCAACUCUGUCAUCUGGCUGUUCCGAACAACGAGGCUCUUCCUACACACUCUGCGGUGACGUCACCGUGUCAAGCCGGGAAGCCAGUGAAAGCUGCCGGAGUACGUUCCCAGCUGCCACGCCGAGAAUUCUAACCGCUGCGCUGACAUCCCUCCGAAGAUAGUGAGGGUGUACCAGCGUACUGUCCUGCCCGCCCAGCUGUGUCCGAAUCCGUAGUCGAAGCCACGGAAUAAGGCGGAGGCCAAAUGAAGAGCCACACCGUGCGUAGCCGGGGCGUUCAUCCAUGAAUCGGCUCUACAGCGUCCUCAGCAACUUCCAGCAGCAACCUGUCACCAGCCACCGAAUACUGGUGCCCGGGGAGCGGUUGCCGAGCGGGUUCCCCAAUGCGAGCUCCUCGGCGGCCAUGCAGCCUUCGUCCGCAAGUACCCUGGGCUCGAUCGCGAGCGUUCUGCCAACGCUCGAGGCGGCGGCCAACAACACGACGGCUGCGCUACAGGAGGCCGCCGUGCCUUCUUCGGGAUACCCAUUGGACAGUUGGGACCUUUCGUGCCGCUACAUCAUCGGCACCUUUUUAUUGAUCAUCAUUUUGACCGCCAUCACGGGCAACAUCCUCGUCUGCCUCGCCAUCUACACGGACCGGCGGCUUCGAAAGCUGGGCAACCUUUUCCUCGUCUCCCUGGCCGUGGCCGACCUGCUGGUCUCGUCGCUCGUCAUGACCUUCGCCGUCAUCAACGACCUCAUGGGCUACUGGGCGUUCGGGCCGCAAUUCUGCGACAUCUGGAUCGCCUUCGACGUCAUGUGCAGCACGGCGUCCAUCCUGAACCUGUGUGCCAUCAGCAUGGAUCGGUUCCUGCACAUCAAGGACCCCCUGGGCUAUGGUCGCUGGAUGACAAAGCGUGCCGUCCUCGGCACCAUAUGCGGCAUCUGGAUGCUGUCGGCACUGCUGUCGUUCCUGCCCAUCUCACUAGGCUGGCACCGGCCUUACCCCGACUCGCUGCUCGUCGUAAAUGGCCUCACCAUGUGCGCGUUGGACCUGACGCCCGAGUACGCCGUCACGUCAUCGCUCAUCAGCUUCUACAUGCCGUGCGUCGUCAUGGUGGCACUGUACGCCCGCCUCUACCUGUACGCGCGCCGACACGUGCAGAACAUCCGCGCCGUCACCAAGCCAUGCGUGGUGAACAACAAAGACCCUGGCAGUCCGACCAAGUUCCGUGCCCUCGGCGGCCAGUCCUCUCUGCACGUGAUGGACCACAAGGCUGCCAUCACGCUCGGGAUAAUCGUCGGCGUGUUCCUGUGCUGCUGGGUUCCCUUCUUCUGCGCCAACAUCGUGGCCGCCUUCUGUAAGACUUGCAUCUCCGAGGAGUGCUUCAAAUUCCUUACCUGGCUCGGCUACCUCAACUCGGCGCUUAACCCUAUCAUCUACAGCAUCUUCAACACCGAGUUCCGCGACGCCUUCCGGCGAGUCAUCACGGCGCACGCGUGCUGCAAGGCCCUCGCCGAGCGUGCCCGAGCGCCCAGCGACCUAUCGUACCGCACCAAGCGAAGCACCAUCUGCGAGACCCCGCGCGCCAACAGCCUGGCAGCGGUCAACUGCCGCCACAACAACGUGGCGGCGGCCAGCGAGCGUAUCUCGCUCCGGGCAGAGGUCGACACUCGGGUCGAGAUCAGCAUCAAGAGCAUCGGAGAGAUAUCGGACAUAUAGCAGUGACGCACCUGAGAGCUGGCGCACCACGCCGUAUAACGCUGUCCUCGUUUAACGACCACCACCCGCCUUCGAACGCGCCCGUCAGACCUGU